GAGCGCAGUGCAUUGUGGGUCCUGGGCUAAUGGUGAAGUCAAGAUGGCGGCGAACCACAGGCAGAGGCAGGAUCCCGCAGUACCAAGGCCGUGAAUGAAGUUUGGAAUAGGAAAUCUUUCGUGGCUACCCGUCUAGGCUCAACCCAUCUUGCUACAGAGGUUGUAAUUAACCCGCGGACGACUUGAUAAAUUCACCAACAGCAGCAGGAUAACAAACAACUGAGGAUAAAGUCUCGUAUGAAUUCCGACGAGAAGGAGGACUGUGAGUGUGCGCCACCACAGGCCGAGACUAGCCCAGCAGGAGGAUCCGAUAGAGAAUACGAGGAGCCUGAAAUAGAAAACCCAGAAGCAAGCCGAAUGAAGCGAGCAGCUGCCAAACAUCUAAUAGAACGCUAUUACCACCAGUUAACAGAGGGCUGUGGGAAUGAGUCGUGCUCCAACUCGUGGUGUGCCUCGUCGGUCGGCUUCAGCCGCAUGGAUAACAAUGCAGCGGCAGUCAAAGCCUUGGAGCUCUACAAGGUCAACUCUAAGUUGUGUGACCCGCACCCGUCGAAGAAAGGCACGGCUUCAGCGUACCUGGAGAGUAGCAACUCAGCCUGCAGCAACAGGAAGCUCAACCACAAAGAUGUUAACUCUGUGCGGGACAAUUUCAAAGAUGUAAAUUACUUGACAGAGGAAAAAGUGUAUGAGAUCUUGGACAUCUGUGGAGAGAAGGAGGACUAUUCACCUCUGAUCAGGGUAAUAGGUCGGGUGUUCUCCAGUGCCGAAGGUCUGGUGCAGAGCUUCCGGAAGUCCAAGCCUCACACCAAGGAGGAGCUCAAGUCUCUUCAAGGUAAAGAUGAGGACAAGGACGAGGAUGAGAAGGAGACAGCGGUCUGCUCUGCUACAGCGAUGGAGGAGGACUCCCCCACUUCCUCUUCAUCAAGGCUAGGAGAGGGCUCCUCAGGGGACAACGACGUUCCAAAACUUGCCCCGGACGAGGUGUCAGUGGACAUUGAAGCUGUACGGCGAGUUUACGAGCGCCUGCUGUCCAAUGAAAAGAUAGAAGCCGCCUUCCUGAAUGCCCUGGUCUACCUCUCACCGAAUGUAGAGUGCGACCUGACGUACCAUAAUGUGUAUUCACGAGACCCAAACUACCUGAACCUGUUUGUAAUAGUGAUGGAAAACAGCAACCUCCACAGUCCAGAGUACCUGGAGAUUGCACUCCCACAGUUCUGUAAGGCCAUGAGCAAACUACCACUGGCAGCUCAGGCCAAGUUGGCACGCUUGUGGUCACACUACAGCGCCGAGCAGAUCAGACGCAUGAUCGAGACUUUCCAGCAGCUUAUUACCUACAAAGUAAUCAGUAAUGAAUUUAACAGUCGUAACCUUGUCAAUGAUGACGACGCAGUGGUGGCAGCCACCAAGUGCUUGAAGAUCAUCUACUAUGCAAACGUGCUGGGUGGUGACCUCGACGUUGAGCACAACGAGGAAGAAGAUGAGGAGCCCAUCCCAGAGUCCAGCGAGCUCACCCUGCAGGAGCUGCUGGGGGAAGAGCGGCGGAACAAGAAGGGGCCUCGGGUGGAUCCACUGGAGACGGAGUUGGGAAUUCGCACCAAUGACUGCCGGCGGCCGCUCGUUCCCUUCGAGGAAUUUGUGAAUGAGCCUCUGAAUGAGGUGCUUGAGAUGGACAAGGACUACACUUUCUUUAAGGUUGAAACAGAAAACAAGUUUUCGUUCAUGACCUGCCCCUUCAUCCUCAAUGCUGUUACGAAGAACCUGGGUCUGUACUAUGACAACCGCAUCCGCAUGUACAGUGAGCGGCGCAUCACUGUGCUCUACAGCUUGGUACAGGGUCAGCAGCUGAAUCCUUAUCUGAGGCUCAAAGUGCGCAGAGACCACAUCAUUGAUGAUGCUCUUGUCAGGCUGGAAAUGAUCGCAAUGGAGAAUCCUGCAGACCUGAAGAAGCAGCUGUAUGUGGAGUUUGAAGGAGAGCAAGGUGUUGAUGAAGGAGGUGUUUCCAAAGAGUUCUUUCAGCUGGUGGUGGAGGAAAUCUUCAACCCAGAUAUUGGCAUGUUCACAUACGAUGAGGGCACCAAACUGUUCUGGUUCAACCCAUCAUCGUUUGAAAACGAGGGCCAGUACACUCUGAUUGGCAUCGUUCUUGGUCUGGCCAUCUACAACAACUGCAUUCUUGAUGUCCACUUCCCUAUGGUUGUCUACAGGAAGCUCAUGGGCAAGAAAGGAACGUUCAGGGACUUGGCCGACGCCAACCCAGUUUUGUACCAGAGUCUGAAGGAGCUGCUGGAGUAUGAGGGCAGCGUGGAGGAGGACAUGAUGAUCACUUUCCAGAUUUCACAGACAGAUCUGUUCGGAAACCCACUUAUGUACGACUUAAGGGAAAACGGGGACAAGAUUCCAGUCACCAAUGAAAACAGAAAGGAGUUUGUGGCCCAGUAUGCAGACUACAUGCUGAACAAAAGUGUGGAGAAGCAGUUCAAAGCAUUCAGGAGAGGCUUUCACAUGGUCACCAACGAGUCACCGCUCAAGUACCUGUUCAGACCAGAAGAAAUUGAGCUGCUUAUUUGUGGAAGCAGGAACCUAGACUUCCUAGCACUUGAAGAAACAACAGAAUACGACGGCGGUUACAACAGAGAUUCACGAAUCAUCAAGGAGUUUUGGGAGACAUUGCACUCGUUCGGUGAGGAGCAGAAGCGCCUCUUUUUACAGUUCACCACUGGCACUGACAGAGCACCUGUGGGUGGGCUCGGCAAGCUGAAGAUGAUCAUUGCUAAGAAUGGACCCGACACAGACAGGUUACCGACAUCUCACACUUGCUUUAACGUGCUUCUGCUGCCUGAGUACAGCAACAAGGAGAAGCUGCGGGAGAGACUGCUGAAAGCCAUCACCUAUGCCAAAGGGUUUGGCAUGCUCUGAGCCCCUGCUCCAAACACACAGCAAACAGACUCCUUCUCAGAAAGCCCAUCAAACCCAGCCCGCCGCCCUUCCUUUACAAGACAAAAUCCACAAGGUGACAGACGACAGAGCAGAGUAUGUUUGCGGGAAAAGCAGGUCAGUAAUGGAAGAGAAAUGGUCCCAGCAGAGCACUCUAGUAGUUCUACUGUGCCUGCGUCAUCCCACGUCAGUCAGUGUGAGCACAGAGACCAAUCCCCACAUCCACAUGAUGUGAAUGUGCUGCAGCCUCCCCGUUGUCGUCUUCAGUUUUUGUUUGUACAGAGAGGAUCAUUUUCCUUAUUAUUUAUUUUAAGGUUAAAUGGGUUAUUUUUCAUGCCUGCCUGUUGUGUAUUUCCCAACCUGGGGAAGGAGGGAGCUUUAAUAUUAAAGACGCCCAUUUACUGAACAAAACGUAGCUCUGAACUAUUUACAAACGGUUGGCAGAGAGAAUCUAGAUGUAGAGUAGAUUGAAGACAACUUAUCGUACUCCCUACUGAAACAGAGCUGUCCACUCCACUCCCAGCCAUCACCUAUUGUUCCUGCUAAGCCCACACAUGACCAAGGUAAGCACCUGGGAUGUCAUUGGGCCCGAAAUGGCACAUUAUCGAACAGCUAUUUUUCUCUUAUUUUUGGGGCGUUCCUUGCGUUGGAGGGGGGUUAGACUCAAAUCUGUCAGAGCUGUGUAAGUGCACUUAGACAUUUUCAGAAUGUUUGUUUUCUGUCCGCAGGUUGCCAUGAUUGUUUGAAGCAUUUUAUUUCCAUGUCUUCCUGUUGACGAUUCUAAAUAAAAACAGUAUUUAUGUAUUGGUGCGGUUGGAAUGGCGGUAUCAUAUUGUGCACGUUUCAGAGGAAGUACUUGUGUAGACCAGUCACUGAUGAUGUCCUCAGAUAGGCGUAGAGCUCUUCUUGUGCCAACCUGACUGUCAGUUGGUAGGUGAAAACCCCAGUAAGCACUUUGUGUUGUCUAUUUUCAGGCUUAGCCUUGUGCAAGUAGACAGAUCACACUCGGUUUACCUGGAACCUCCACAUGUAGAUUCAGGAGUGCAGUGUGGACUACAAAAUAAAGUGUCUCCAAACCUUCUCAUCAUCACUGACAAAGCCUUGGUACCUUGUUGUUGUUCUUGCAUUGGAUUGAAACCUGGUUGUAGUUACGCUGGUUUUUAACGCGUUUGAAUUUCUGUUUGUCAGAUCCCAGCAGCGUCAGGUGGUGACAUGUGUGGACAGCACCCUAAGGGUGAUUUGUUCUAGUGUAGUGCUUUUUUACUGACAGAAACCGUUUAAGUCUCAUUUACAAACCAGGGUAUAAGCCUUUGGACCAAAAUUAGCUUUUAAGAAUCAUACUGAGGACAUGUCUGAAUGGGAAUCAUGGUGACAUUGGCUAAUACUGUGUACUCUGAGAGAUGUAAUGGUUUUACAGUGUCAUUGCUGGGGUCAUUGGUUCCGUGGUCUCUAAAUAGAACCUGUUUGCUAAUGAGAAUCAAACUGGUUUUCUGCCAGCUGAAGCAGCACUUAAGGAGCCUGUGAUACAGAAAGGAGAGCCCAGCUGUGUCUCUGCUGCUUCCAGUCUUGAGUCUUGGUUGAUCAUAUCCUGGAGAAGCAGAGCUCAGACACACCACUAUGACCUGAUAUAAAAACAAAACAGGUUUAACCACUGCCCAUGGAAACGGUAACGGUAGAGUUUGUUCUUUGUUGAAUAACAACGAUCUCCGUAUCAACUGUGAAAUCAACCCCCCACAGAACAGGCACAUGUUUUUUUUCCUCCAUUUUUUAAUAUACCUGUUUACGUUGAGCUAAGUCAUGUCAAUAAGUCACUGCGUAAUUUUAACAACUUGGAUCAUCACCUGUAAUUUUGACUGUGAUUCAUUUAAUGUUAAAGCCCAUAAAUGUCACUGUCAACAGAGUGGAUCAGUGGAUCACGAGUCCUCACAUGACGAGAUAUUUAAAGCAAUCUGCAGUUUAAUUACAUUAUGAGCCACAGGCGACUGAACUUCUGUUUGAUGCAUUGUGCUCAUUCUGUGGUUAAUAUGGUGGCUCACUGUAUUUUAUCCAUCAUUGACUCUAAUAUACAAUAAUACAAUAAUAUUACACCCAAUCAUUUAGCUGUAUUCAUAGACCUUAUGAAGAGACCCUAAAUAACAGGAUGUACAUUUUGAAAUCAGCUCUCCACUAAAAAGUCAAUUGCCACUACAUAAGUAAAGGUCCACAAAAGGGUUACUUAGGGGCCUGAAAUGCAGUGACAAAAUGGCAAAACCUUGAAAAACUUUACAAAAAAGGCUAAAUUUGAACCUGAUGAUUUGCUACUGUACUGUACUGUAGCAUCUUUUGUCACUUUGUUCUCUGGUAUUUACCAUCACAGUUUAGCCUCAACUUCAGAUGUUGAUACGAAAUGUUAGCUUGUUAGCUUCUGAGCUUCCAGUCAUCUCGGUUCUUUAUCACAUGAAGUCUGUUCAGGUUUAAUCAGGGAUGGAAAACAGUGAAACCCAUCUCUGUCGGAUAGCUCCAGUUGUAGUUUAACAUUAAGGACCACUAAAUAACUAAGCAGGCCCAGUGGAUAUUAAGAAGUCAGAGGUCAUGAACCAAAACCAACUGAACAUCUGCAAAACAUUUUAGACUACUUUAAGGUGAAUCGUCUUCUUCCACUGAUUAAAAUAGAGAAGAGAGAUAUUGAUGAAAGCUCCUGAUAAGCAUGGCCCAUAUUUAACUUUAACCCAGACUAGAACAGACUAUAACUACCCUGAGCCAUUUUGCUUCUGUCCCACUGCUCUUAUUUUCACUCAGACCUGGGCCAAAUGAUGUUAGGGGUGAAACCAUUACCUGGUUUUAUUAGUCUCUAGUGGAGGGACUCUGGGUAUUAUUAGCAGUGUGUGGAAAUUCUAGACAAACACUGGACUGUGUUGUGGAGUCGCUACAGUAUAAUGUGUGUUUGUGAUCAACAACCUAGCUGACAUUGUUAUACUGUAGUAAAGCUCAGUCAUAUGGAAAGUUGAAGCAAAGGUACAGCUGUGUUUGAGCCCCUGUUUAGUUUUCAGCUGUUUAACUUUUAAUUUGUACCUCUUGUUUUUCUAAUGCUAAACGUGCUGCUCACCUGAACAUGUGAAAGGGCUCCAGAGCCUGGCGAAGGUGAAAGGUCAUCCCGAUCUUGGAAAGGGAAGUAGUUUUCAUAAAUGGGCUUUUGACUCGACAGUUCCAUUCUCAAAUAUACAAUCUGAUGAAUCAAGUGUUGUGAAAACAUGCUAAAUAAAGAUGACUGCUUUUUUCCAACUCG